AUGCGACCAGCACCCUCCCUCGACCAACCUGCCACCUCAUCCACAUCAAGCAGAGCAGCAUCACCCAGCACAGUCUUCCCAGAUCUUCACCUUCAAGCGCCAGGAUCUGCCCAUCUACGCAUGUUGGAAGCAACGCCCCUAGCAACACCACCCACCACAACCGCGGCUUCCUUCCUUCAACCGCAGCAAUCUACAACUGCAAGCAUCAUCAGCAGCAGUAGUAGCAGCAACAUAGGACGAACAAGUAUGAACGCUCCGUCUGUCACAAAUGGCAAAGUGCGCAAGCCAAAGUCAAGAAGUAGUUCGCUCAUGGUGCCACCUGCAUCACGCUACCUCGCCACCACGACCAACCAUCCAUCAGCCUCAGUCAACAGCGUACAUACACUGACCAGCUAUACUGAACCGUGCAGCAGUAGUAAAAAUCAAGCGCGACACGGCAUGGCUGGCAACACAAGCAGAAACGCAAGUAGAGGUCAACAUGGCAUGCAUCUCACCACUGCUUUAUUCUAUACACCGCUCUCACCACACUUACAAGCACUUGCAUCACCUGCUGGCCCAUGCACGCCGUUCCUAUUGGAAGAAGAGGAGGGUGGUGAUUAUAUGGGGAGGGAAGAGGCGCAUCGUGUUGCGUUGGGAGAAGCACUACGGAGUCGUGUCUGUGCGCUUGAAGAAGAUGCAGCAGGUGGUACUGAUGGUGGGAGACAGGCAGGUUGGCGGCGGAGUUACUCUUCUGUGCUUGCGUCUGGGAUGCCAGGGAUGAGCCCGUCAUGA